AUGCGGGCCACCGUUGAGACUCGGUUCAGGCUGAUGGGGAAGGCCCUUAAGGACGGCCGGAUGUUAAACCUCCCCCUGGCGCUGCCGCUGUGCGGCCUCAUCGUGGGCCUUCGCCGCCGUCCCACGGCAGGCGCGAAGCCUCUAGCUCUGAGCGACGUGGGCCUGAUAGACGAAGCGCUCGGGAGGAGCUUGGGCAGCGUCGCGGAGCUUGCUCGAGAGGUUGAGGAGGCCAAGGCCGCGCUGGGGGGCGAGGGUAGCGGCGUCAAGGCCGCCGUCCGGUCGAUGUCGGAGCUGGAGGAGUACGCGGAGAACCUCUGCCUCUCCUGGACUCUUCCCGGUUACCCCUGGUCCCUACUAACCCUGUUGCUUUUUGCGGUCGCUGUUGUUGUUGUGGUCACGAGGUUGACUGUGAUAUGA